UGCUCGACUACUCGAUGGAUGGACGCACCUACUGGUACUUCAAGGGAGACCCAUUGUAUCCAUUCGGAUACGGGCUUUCAUACACUACCUGGCAUUACUCGGGUCUCCAGUACAACCACAACGUCAACGCAGGCAGCGACGUUAAGGGUCAGGUCGUCGUCCACAAUACCGGUCACUAUGACGCUGAAGAGAUCGUCCAGGCAUAUGUGUCUUGGACGGACAGCUCUCUGAACAUGCCGAAGUACAAACUGGUUGCCUUCGGGCGAGUCCACGUUAGGCAUGGAUCACAGGCAACCUUCAAAUUUACAAUCAGUCACAAGAACCUGGCUGUAUGGAAUGACAAGGAUGGAUGGAAGGUUCUGUCAGGUAAGAUGAACAUCUACGUUGGAGGCCAACAGCCGCAUCAGAAGAAGGCCAUGAGUUCUAAUGUUUUAAGUGGACAGUUCACCAUAGCUGGAACUAAGGUUCUUGGUAAAUUCUAAGAUGGAACUAGC